GUACGAUUUGAAGACUCUGCCCCUAGACUUUGUGGAGUGUCUGAAUCGCUUCCUGCCUUUAGAGAACGAGGUGAAGCUUUUGAGGCAGUACGAGAGAGAACGGAAACCACUCGAUGAACUGUCCAACGAGGACCGCUUCAUGCUGCAGUUCAGCAAAAUUGAGCGCCUGCCUCAGCGCAUGACCAUCAUGACGUUUGUCGGGAACUUCUCCGAGAAUAUUCAGAUGUUGAAUCCGCAACUGAAUGCAAUAAUAGCUGCUUCUGCAUCCAUUAAGACCUCACAGAAGUUGAAGAGAGUGCUGGAGAUAAUUCUGGCACUUGGUAACUACAUGAAUAGCAGCAAAAGAGGAGCUGUGUAUGGUUUCAAGCUUCAGAGUUUGGACCUG